CUAGUUGGUGACUUGUUAAAAUAGUUUUCGGGCGGAGUCGACUGCAACUUCGAUAUAUCUGUGUGCAGUGAGUACGCAGGAACAAGCCGUGUACAAGUCCGUCGGUUUUUGGAAUUUGGUACUCCGGAGAGGGACGGCAGAGAGAAGCGAAGGGAACUGAAUAAAGAAAGAGCACCACACUAAAAGGAACUGAAACACACAGUCGAAAAUGUCUUCGAAUAAAGACGAUGGUGGAUGGAAGAAGUUUGUAUGGGAUUCGGACAAGGGGGAAUUUUGUGGACGCACAGGGGGGAGUUGGUUUAAAAUUCUAGGGUUCUACUUAAUCUUCUAUGCUUUUCUGGCUGGAGUAUUCAUCGGCACCAUCCAGGCCUUGCUUCUCACCCUCAGUAACUACAAACCCACCUGGCAAGACAGAGUUGCUCCCCCAGGCCUAUCACACACCCCACGCUCCGACAAAUCCGAGAUCGCCUUCAACUUGAAUGAUGUGGAGACCUACUUGGCUUACACCAAGGCCAUGCGAGAGUUCCUGGUUAUGUAUGACGACGACAAACAGCGGGACCAGAUGAAAUACGAGGAUUGUGGAGAGAAACCGGAGGACUAUAAGAACCGUGGCGACCUGGAGAGUGAUGUGGGGAUCAGGAAGGCCUGUCGCUUCCAGAGGAGCUGGCUUGGGCCUUGCUCCGGCAUGGAAGACAGAGAAUUUGGCUUCCAGGAAGGAAAACCCUGCCUGAUCGUCAAGCUGAACAGGAUCGUCAACUUCAGGCCAAGGCCCCCCAGCUCCAAUGAAAGCAUCCCUGAGGGAGCGCAGACCAAGGUCCAGCCCAACGUCAUGCCCAUCUUCUGCACCAACAAGAGAGAGGAGGACGCCGGUAAGAUCGGGGAGGUGAAGUACUACGGCAUUGGGGAAGGUUUCCCCCUCCAGUAUUACCCCUACUACGGCAAGCUGCUUCACCCCCAGUACCUGCAGCCCCUAGUGGCCCUCCAGUUCGUCAACCUCACCAUGAACACCGAGCUGCGCAUCGAGUGCAGAGCCUACGGAGAGAACAUUGGCUACAGCGAGAAGGACAAGUUCCAAGGAAAAUUUGACGUUAAAUUCACUGUCACCAACUUAUGACCACAGUUAGGUUCAUAGCACUUUUUCUCUCCAGCCCCCUCUCCCUCCCCAACCAUUUCUCAAAAGUAACAAAAUAAUUUAGGAAAGGGAGUUGGGGUGGAAAUACGAAGUUAAGUUAAAAAAAAUCACAACUAGUCUUGAACAAAACUCAUAACAUACGGGACGACACUUCAUCUGUCUGCUUUACACUGGCUUCUGUCUAGGGUUAGAAUGUAAGUCGCAGGAGGAGUAGCAAUAGCAUAAAGUAUUUAUUCUACUGUAAAUGAAGAAUAUUCCUUGAGCCAUGGGGACAUGUUUCAUUUAUGACUGUAAAUUGUAAUUCCACUACUGAUGUGUAGCGAGCAGUGUUUUGUCCCCCCUCCGUAUUGCUGCCUUGUGUGGUUUCUAUACAUAUUUUUGGAGUGUACAGUGCAGUAGUCGCAUACAUUGGUCCUUUCCAAGCCAUGUUGUAACCUGUUUACUUAUGUGAGCAAGCUUUAGCAGUCCAAGAUGUGUAUAUACUAUAUAUGAAUACUUAAUAAUUUAAAAAAUAUUGACACGGUACUCUGAUCUCUUCUGACCCGUGUGAGGAAAAAGGCUGCACUCCAGGGAACUAGGCCUACUCUUUCCUUAUUUUUGCCUUUGUCUGAUUGAUUGUGAGAAUUUUCACAUCCCUUUUCUUUUAGAAUCACUUAAAUGUGGGAUAAGGGUUUUAUUACGCUAUUGUUUCAGGCUUUUACUUCCUUUUCGUUCUGUUUGAUUCACUCUUAAUGUCGAGUUGUGUCCGGGUUGUUGGGCUACUUUUGCCUUUUGUACGGCAGCGGUGCUGACUCCGCUUUUUAAAGAUGAUUGUUUUGCUCAAUUACGUCACGUCAUCUCACAACGUGGUGUGACUUUCUGAUGAAUGUUUUAGCCAUUUUACAUGGUGGAAGGAGUUUUAUAUUUAUGCGGUUGUACUUUUUUUUAUUUAAUUUUUUCUGCAGAAAAGUAUAAAUACAAUACCAAAGUCACUGGUCCAAGUUGAGAAUAUUAUCAGAAGCAGUGCUGUACCCCAUGUUUUUAGGAUUUCUUGUCGAUGUUAAAUGCUAAACGUCAAUGUCUAACACCAGUCACGUUAUCAGGAGUUCUCAUCCGCUCUUGUCAUUUAUUUAAUCCCAGUAAGAAAAAAAACUGAAAUAAAAUGAUGAAAACACAA